AUGUUACUGGCCAAAUUGAAAAAGCGUUGGUUUGUUAUGAUAGAUUUACUAUUUUUUAAGUUUCCGGCCUUUGAUAACAUAUGGUGCAAAUAUUGCUUUGCCUACGGGCGGGACUGGACUAUCGUAGCCGUAAGAACGGCCGUUUGUCACAAUUAAAUGUAGGGUAUUGAUGAAGGUAUAACGCAAACAUCCUUAAAAAGCUCCAGCGACGAACACGACCUCAUUUUAAACUUUCCUAUCGAAGUAGCUUGGCGAUCAACUAAUCCUUCCGGAUGUAAUAAGAAUAAAUUAAUUAUUUUUUGGCAGGGCCACAGAUAGCCGUACACGCAUAUGGCGUCGACCCGCUUGGAAAAGAUGUUGUCCGAGGUUACGGGGCAGUCCAUGUGCCAAUGCAACCGGGAAGGUGCGUGUGAAAUUUACUAUAUUUUUCCAAAUCUUAUGCCAAUUUACAACGCAUUUAAUAAGUACGCUACAUGCUCCCCUAGUAGCAAUUGCUACUAUGCUGAGACGAUAUCGAGCAUAUAUCUAUUUUUCGAGAUAAAUCGGUGAAAGCGAGACGUGAGCUUUGUACAUGUUGCAUUCACUUAACCCUAUACCCGUAAUGUGCUCUGUUACUUUAAAAUAGCCAUGUCACCUCAUUUCUGGCCUACUUACGGUAUGCGUAAGUUGAACGACCAAAUUGACGCAACCAUGGCAAAAGCGGUUUAUUACGUCAAAGAUAAAUUAAUUGGAAAACAUUUGUUGAACUGAAUAAUUUAAAAGUAGCUUAAUGAAUUGGCGGCACUUGUGAGAAUAAAGAACGAUCCGUCGAAUAUCCCGGAUAGUUUUCUAUACGACAGGAUUAAUCCUAUGAAAAUUAAAGUUAACUUAACUGUCCAGUUAAUCUUCUCGCUGUUCUUUUGAAUUUGUUGAACGUGAUCGUCUAAUAAUCUUUUGAGUUAUUUCAUAAAUGCGGACUCUAGAUCGAAUAGCUUCGCAGCGUCAUUACUGUUCCAAGCAACGAAAAAAUCUACAUAUGUAGACAGUGGGAUACCGAAUUGCAUACUUAUCCAAUAUGACUUUAUAAACCUUUAAAAAUGUCAGAUCUGAAGUUAUUAAUAUAUCCAUUUGAACAGUUUGCAUUUAAAACCUGGCUCGCUGUUACAACGUAACACAUUUUGAUAAACAAAAUAUGGGAAGGUCUGUUAUAGCUCCUUUAGGCAUAAACAAGGCUGGUUGCUAAUCGCGAGCUAAGGUUUAAGGUAUGCACUGUUGACCUGGCUUUGCACUUAAACACACCACCAGGAUUCUCAACAAUCGUAAAAAAGUAAAGUUGGAUGACAUUUUAUGACCUACUUGUAGUCAAACCUGACCAUACUACAACGCUUGAUCAACAGGCCUUAUAUUUCAAAUAUUUUAAUUUUGGUGUCAACCUAUGUCAGGAAGUACACAAAAUAGCUCGGGGUUCGUGCUCUGUCAGAGGUAGUCGCAAAUAUGAGCCUGACAUUGACUUUCUCCCAUUAGAUUUUAGACGUUCGUCAUAUAUUUUUUAAACCUUGUUUUAGGAUUGAGAGGCUUUUUCACGUCAAGAGAGUAAUCUAGCAGUUUUACGAUCGCUAAAUGCAAUUUUAUUAAGUUGGAAUUUUAAAACUAAUCUGUCAUGUCAAGUCUGUAGGAGGUUAGCAUUGUGUGGUAAACACUCAAAAGAAACUUCAACAACGACAAUAUACCCAUCUAAGCGGCGAUUGCUCUGCUUUAAAUAGACACGCAUUUGAUAUAUCCUCAACAGCCUUGGCCGAGAGCACUGUUUGUGUCGAAUUUCAAUGCCAAAGUCUCUAUAAAUCACAGGUUCUGAAGUCCUCGCAGUCGAUGAUUCUGCCAUCUAGUCGUCGAGUAAGGUGGCGCAGUUGAAGAACGUUAUUCCUGAAUGACCAUAAAGCCAUUCAUUAGUGACAAAGUCUGGGAGAGGUACUCGAAUAUUGAAGACAAACGCAUUACACUAUGAAUAGUUUUAGAUUUAGGUUGUCCCAACAUGAAAGACCCGCAUCUCACACCUAUAUUACGUGACUGUCCUAAUUAAGACAGUCUUUCAUUAAUGAAAGACUGACGUAUUCCAGGUUUAAACUUGUUUGAUUUCCUGCCGCGACCACAUACGUUAACGAACUUAAGCAAAGUUCGUGAACUUCUGACUAAUAUGGCAUUCUUUGCAGGGGAUUUAAGUCGAGUUUACACUUGCUGACUACUAAACGGGGGGAUACUCCAUGUGCACUACCCUCUAGAAUGGUUUCUAUAUUUUGACAUUCGUGACAUAUUUACAGUUGUCUUGUCGAUUAAUUUAGUCUUGUUGACAGAAAUACUACUUUAUGUUAAAAUAAAAUACCCAAACCUCAGACUACUUCGUUUCGGCAACUUUUAGACAUCACCGCAGGAUUGCCAUGUUCACUCCAGAAUCCUCCUCUCAACUUAUGGCAUUAAAUGCAUGGUUCACUGGCAAACGACCGGAAUUCGUCAGUCCCAAAGUAGUGACAGCUGGCGAGGGACGCGAAGGUAAGUACGCACCGGAUUUCAUACUACAUAUAAUAGUGGCGUGAAAUAGAAAAGGACUAAUAACCUUUGCUGCUAACUGAACACUCAUUCGAUGUUAUUCUUACAGCGCUUUUGCAAGCUGGUUAUUAAAUAAGAUGAGGAGAAGCGUAUUUAAUGAAGUUAAACUGCCUUCGUUUGGCCACUUUCUAAUAACAGAGUCUACCAAUUUUUUCUUUCCUUCACAGGUUUAGUUUUUCAUGGUUGAAUACUCUUAAAAUUGAUACUCGGCAUUGUCAGUUGGAAGAUACGGAAUGCAGAUCGUUAAACAUCGCUAUUAACAAGUCCGAGUCUUCGACUGUCACAGUUUCGUCACCGUUUUUAGUCACUGACAUGAUACUGACUAGACAACAUACUUCGCUGUCACUGAAAACACUGCGCAUGCAAGCGCUCUCAGGUGACCAAUUAGCCUGUUUAGGAAAGUGGUGGUACUGAAAAUGGAACGAAGAUAUCUUUGCGCCUGUUAAUUGACUGCGGCUCGGAUAACUAUUAUUCGAGUAUGUCACAACACGUAGUGGUCGCCUUUCGUAAGCACUUCGAUCCCAUCGAACUCAAAGAUGUGAUUAGAUUCCGUCGAAAGAGACUCCACUUGAGGACUUGAAUGAUUCCACUUGACUGCUUAUGCGUGUUCCGUCAUCCAUUUUCAAGUAUCCUUCAUGCUUCUUUGGCUUAGAAGCUUUGGUCAUAACAGCACCGGGUUUGGUAAACGAUAGCGAACGUUUGUUUUGAUUGCUGAUUGUGUACUACUAAUUUAAUGUAAAAAAUUAUAUCUCGGUUGCAAAUGUCCGACUUUAUGAACCAUGGAGUGCGCCUUUAAGAAUUGCUUUUAUAUUCUACUAUGGGUAAUUUGACUUAAAAGUUCGAAACGUUUGCAAACGCCGAGAUGCAAGGCUGAAAUCCACACAUUUCUCCUUCUGGAUGCCUGAAAUGACGAGGACGGCCGAGAUUGCCGUUUGAACUGCAGACCUUACCGAUCCAGUCUUAGGUUUCCUAUAGGAGAAUGUGGAGUCAGCGAUCCCAAAACGUUUUAUUUUAGCAGCGAAGUUUGUUUGAACACACCAGACAAGAACGUAUCUUUUUUUACUCUGACAGUUACAAAAGUGAGGACCCGAGGAUUCAUAGACCUGUCCUUCAAUGUUGUGCUGAAAAACCUUAGUCAACAAGGCUACAACACUGGACCGAUGUCGUCAGCGCGGGAUUAUGACGAACCAUUAAUGCAAGGCUUUUCCAAUCUUUGA